AUGGACCUCGAACCGUUAGAGGUGGAGGCGGCUAAUGCGCCCAAAGAUGGCACCAACAACCAGGUACCGCUCCCUCCAGGCCGUUGUCGCGAACCCGUACUAAAGGACCCAAGGGAAGCGAAGAUUCAGGAAAUUCUAGGUGAUGUCGACUCCGAGGUCCUUUCCAGUGUUUCGUCCUUUGUCCGCUCGACUUCCCCUCAGACAUACGAUGGCUGUAUUCCGGCGGCGUUAGUAACCGUUGGCUCCAAUGUCUCGUCGCUGGCUCGUCUGCUGGCCAGACUCAACGACCAAUUCAUCACGGCCGGAGACGGUGGAGCUAUUGUGCUGGAAUCCGGUGAUGCGCCAAACCUCAAAACGACCCUCAAGAACAUCAUCCGAUUUGCUAUUACGAACACGGAAGGGAACAAUGGCUAUCAGUCAUUCCUCACAGAUCGAGAGGGCCCUAGACUCCUCGGCUACGAUCUGGACUUAUUAGGCGACUAUGUGAAGCGGAAGGGCAUCAAGAAGCUGGUUCUUGCCUUUCGAGAUAGUGAAGCUUUCGAUCCAGGCAUUCUUACGGACCUCUUGUCUUUACUAAGCUCCUGGCUUGAUCGGAUACCAUUUACCCUCCUGUUCGGCAUCUCAACUUCUGUGGAACUUUUCGAAGGGAGACUGCCGCGGUCAACUGUCGCCUUGCUACGGGGUAGAUAUUUCGAAAUACAUGAAGCGAGCAACUGCGUUGACCGCAUCUAUGGGAGGUUACAAGCGGAGCAGGAUGGGAAGAUCUGGCUGGGCAGGAACAUCACGAAUGUUCUGUUCGAGAAAUCCAAUGAUUCCUUUCAGACUCCGGAGGCUUUCAGUCGAACGGUCAAAUACGCAUACAUGUCACAUUUCUUCGCAAACCCGUUGGCGGUGCUCCUUGCAGACGAGACGGUUCCGAGCAUGCGACGGGGACUCGUGUGCGAAGCGCUCCGAAAUCUCCCUUCUUUCCGAUUUUAUUGCGAGGAAUUGCUUGAACAAGGCUCGGCCAAGCAAGUGCGUGACUUGCUUGAAAACGACGAGGUUCUCUUCCAGCAAUGUCUACAACACCUGAAAGACGGACAGCAGAAGAUGCGCGACAUCUUCCAAUGCGUCAAACUGACGCAUCUGCUUCUGAAGAAACUCAAUCUCGUCAAGAAGACUAGCAUAUCGGAACUCUCAAUCCGUGCCCUAUCUGGAGAACUUCAAGACUCGCAAUUGGUGGACGACAUCCUCCAAUCUGCAAAGACACUAGACUCCACCAUCCUCUCGGAAGUAUUCGAUAUCCUGCUGAGUACAUUAGCAGACCUCCCCGAGCUACAACAGAUCCAGACCGACUUCAACGCAUUAAUACAAUCAUAUCAAGGCACCGAACCCCUUCGCACCGCCCAUGACAAGCGCCAUUCCGUCGUCGCCACAACCGUCGUCCAGCAGCGGGUGAAACUCAGCAAAGGCAAAGCCAAGCUGCCCCAAGAGCACAUUGAGUACACCCAAAUUAUAGACCGCUUCCACGCCCUGCUCGAAGCAUACUUUGGGCAAACUCUUGAGAGCCCGCAAGAUCUCGUCCUUCAUGAAAUCUUUCUCUUUGACAUGAGGAACCCCCUAAAAGAGAUCUUCUCGCCGCGGCCACGCUUUGCAGUGGAACGGGCCUUGUCUAAUCCGUUCGACUAUCUCAUCUCAGACUCCCCAGAGAAAUCCGAGGCUACGGCUAGGGUGUCCGCGAAUCAGCCUGCUACGUCUAUUCUGUAUCAGCUGUAUCUGGAGUCCGGGUCCUUGGUCAACGUUUACGACCUCUGGCAGGCGUUCUACGCGGUGUUUGAAAGCGACAAAGGUGAUUCCUGCGACGAACGGACUACCAUGGCCCUGUUUUACCGCGCUUUGUCGGAGCUCAAGGCCCUGGGUAUGGUGAAGAGUAGUCGCAAGAAGGCAGACCAUGUUGCGAAGAGCGCAUGGAUGGGCUUGUAG